UCAGCGAUCAGACUGAGCCAUGGCUUCACCCAGCUGCCUGCUGAUUUUUCUCGGAUUUAUUUCAUUAGCUGAAGUUGCAUUUUCAAUAUGUGUUCCACCGAAUCACUGCAUUGAAGAUAUGGACGACAUCGAUGCACAGGAUCGAUUCAACUAUGUCGUGUCCAAAUAUGAGGAGGUGGAUAUCAAAAUUGCUGGAAAGCCGGCUGGUUUGCACGGCAAGGUGGUUACACAUGGCUUGAAAGUGGAGCGGCACUUGGUAUUCCAUUACGUGGACAACACGCUGCAUGACGUCAUCCAGACCUGUACGUUUGUGGUGUCCAACGCACCCGAACAGUGUGAGGGCAUUAGCACCUUUUGUAACAGUUUCGUGAGCCGCCCGCCACGUCCAUUGCUAGAGCUUCCAUCCCUUAUCGUCUGCGAGGAUGAAGUCCGGUUAGCGGGGGAAGACUCAGAGUCGAAAACGGAGGACCCAGAUGAGGAGGAGGAGGAAGGAGACCCCAAUGCUGGAUCGCCACCUGAGGCUGAUCCCACGAAGGCGGUCGUUGAAGGAAAUGGUACCACUGCUAAAUUUAGGAUGUUUAACUAAUUGGGAUGUGGAGAUGUUAUAUUGCAGUAAAACUGAAAGGUCAUAAAGAUUAUUACUUAUUUCCUUAUUCUAUGAUAUUUUUACUGAUUUUAUUGCUCAGUUGAUGUACAAGCAAAGUCAUGGUCAUUUAUCACAAUUUUGUACACAGUUUUUAUACACUUUCCCAUAAAUAAAAUAAUAUAUUUAAACAGC